ACAUCGCAAUGAAGAAGCAACUGGUACUCUUUUUGUCAUUGUCGUAUUUUUUAAUCGUAUUUGCGUCACAUAAGCCACUGGUGAAGGUACAUCAAGGUCUAAUUAGAGGAAGUGUAUUGCAAUCAAAAAAUGGAAGAGAUUUGUCCGCCUUUCGUGAAAUACCUUACUCUCAACCUCCCAUUGGACAUCUAAGAUUCAGCAGUCCUUUACCGGCAAAAAGAUGGGAUGGAAUUUUGUCGACUGCGGGCAAAACAUCUAAUUGUGUUCAAAAAUUUUUUGGUGAAGGAAAACUCAUGGGCAAUGAAGAUUGCUUAUAUUUGAACGUUUAUACGCCAGUUUUAGAAUUUAAUUCAUCAAAGUCUAAAAACACCUUCGAUAAUAGUUUAUUGCCAGUGAUGGUAUGGAUGCAUGGAGGUGGUUUCUUUUUUGGAGGUGGAGGCUCUUAUAAUCCAAAAUACCUACUAGAUGAGGACAUAGUAUUGGUCACUAUAAAUUAUCGGCUUGGAAUCAUUGGUUUUCUCAGUACCGGAGACUCAGUGGCACCGGGAAAUUUUGGAUUAAAAGAUCAAGUUCUUGCAUUGAAGUGGGUUCAACAAAAUAUUGAAGCAUUUGGCGGUGACCCAAAUCGCGUUACCAUAUUUGGUGAAAGUGCAGGAGGAGCUUCUGUCACUUUGCAUGCACUCUCCAAUGCAUCUGAUGGUUUGUUUCAUCAAUAUAUUGCUCAGAGUGGAAGCGCUCUUGUUCCUUGGGGAUAUCGUGACAGAAGUCUCUUUAAACCUGAUGUGAAUUCCAUUGCGAAAAACGUGGGUUGCCCAACAGACAAUUCAGAAAUAAUCAUCAAGUGCUUGCGAGAAAAGGAUGCUUUUGAAUUAGUGAAUUUAACGUCAUACCAUGUUUUUGAUUUUCCUGAUUUAAAAUGGAUACCAACAAAUGAAGUAGAGUCGGAAGAUGCUUUUUUAACAGAUAGUCCACAGAAUUUAAUAUCAAGAAAUGAAAUGAGGGAUUAUCCUUUUAUGACUGGUACCGUUGCUGACGAAGGAUUAUAUAUUACUGAAACUCUUUAUUUCAAUUCAUCGCAUCAAUCAAUUAAACAGGCCUUGGAUAAAAGUAUUAAAUUGAGUGCUAAACAUUACCUAUUGGCUGAAGAUGAAGUAAAGUUCAAAGAAAUAAUUGAUGAAUUUUAUUUUAAGAAAUCCGAAUGUUUGCCUGAAGAUAAGCUUCUCGCAAAUUACACUAAAUUAUGUGGGGACACACAAUUCAUAUAUCCGAAUUCGCUACUAAUCGACAAAAUGGCUGAAGUUUCUGAAAAAACUUUUUACUCAUACGUUUUUGGUUAUCGAGGUGAAGAAAAUCAAAUUUCUUUGAAUAAUGGUGAAAAGGAAAAUAUUGGAGUUACGCAUGCCGAUGAUCUUUUAUACCUUUUUCAUUCCAAGGCCCGAGACCCUCUAAACGAAAAUGAUGAGUACAUAGUUGAUGUAAUGGUUGAUUUAUGGACGUCAUUUGCAACGACAGGAAAACCAGUUUCUGAUCUUUUGGAUGUUCCUAAUCUUUGGGAGCCAUAUGCAAAACAGAAGAGAUUUCUUCAGAUUGGCUGUGCUACUAAUAAUACUGAUCCAUCUGUUACUCUUCAGGAAAACUACUUUUCUGAUAGAAUGAAUUUCUGGAAAAACAGUUUUCCUAUACUUGUAAUGUAGUUUUAUAUAUGCAUACAAUCCAUUAUUGUUUAACCAAAAAGUUGCAUCUUAGUAAUUCAGGUAAAAGAAAUCAAUAUUUAGAAGAAACCAAUUUCUUCUAUUUGUUUAAAAUAAUAAAUAUUAAUGACGAAGGGCAAUACUAUUCCUUGAUAAUAAACGAGAACUAAUGUGUUUUAUAAAGCUAAUUGCUAAUUUAAAAUUGAAAACUUGUUGUACAGAACUAGAGAACCAACAUUUUGGCAAAAAUUGGUUUUUGCUUACAAAGUUCUUAAACAAUCAAAUACAUGACUCUGUACUUGUCUCCCA